AUGGCAUCAAAGUUUCUCCGAGAAUACAAACUGGUCGUAGUCGGCGGCGGUGGCGUAGGAAAGUCGUGUUUGACCAUCCAGCUGAUCCAGAGCCACUUUGUAGACGAGUAUGAUCCAACCAUUGAAGGUCAGUCUCUUCUCCCCCCCCCCCGUCCCGACCGGGCGCCUUUUGUGGAACGCUCGAGUAACCGUGUGCGCGCAGACUCGUACCGCAAACAGUGCGUCAUCGACGACGAAGUUGCCCUGCUCGAUGUCCUCGACACCGCCGGUCAGGAGGAGUACUCGGCGAUGCGGGAGCAGUACAUGCGCACGGGCGAGGGCUUCUUGCUCGUCUACUCGAUAACCGACCGCCAGAGCUUCGAGGAAAUCAUGACGUUCCAGCAGCAAAUCCUUCGCGUAAAGGACAAGGACUACUUCCCCAUGAUUGUCGUGGGCAACAAGUGCGAUCUCGAUGGAGAGAGGCAGGUGUCAACACAAGAGGGCCAGGACCUCGCACGACAGUUUGGCUGCAAGUUCAUCGAGACAUCGGCCAAGUCGCGCAUCAACGUCGACAACGCCUUCUACGACAUUGUACGCGAAAUCCGCAGAUAUAACAAGGAAAUGUCUUCCUACUCGGGCGCCCCCCAGCAGGGCCAGAACGGCACGACGGGCAUGAAGCAAUUUGACCAAGAGGGCGAAGCAGAGAAGAAGGGAUGCUGUGGCUGCGUAGUAAUGUAA